AUGCCCGUCGUGAUCGCAUCCACGCGCGGCGCGGUCGCGCCGUCCGCGGCGCGCGCGCGCGCGCUCUCGUCCCGGAUCCACCGCGCGUCCCAGAUCCCUACUCGUAGCAGGAGGGGAUCUACCGGCGACGCCGACGCGACGACGUCGACGCGCGUCGUCGUCUCCGUCCGCGCGCGCGCCGUGAACGAGGACCCGUCGAGAUCGCGCAUCGUCCGCGUCGUCUCCGGCGAGGAAGUCCCGGGGCGGCGGCGCGCGUCCGUGUCCGCGACCGCGUCCUCCCCGCCGCGCGUCGACGUCGUCGCCGUCCGCGCCGCGGCGAAGGACGCUCUGGAGACGUUCGCGUCGAACCUUCUUCGCGCGCGGCGCGUCGUCGCCGCGCUCGCGCUCGCGUCGGUCAUCGCGCUCUUCGACGCGUCCCCCGCGCUCGCGGGACGCGGCGGCGGACGCAGCGGCGGACGCAUGGGCGGCAGCUCGUUCCGCCCGUCCGCGGCGCGAUCCAUGGGAGGAGGAGGAGUCGGCGGCGGCGUGAUGGGAGGCGGCGUCGGCGCGGGCGCGGGCGCGUCCCGCCCGCCGCGAACCGGCGCGACCGGCGUCGGCUUCAUGCCGUCGUUCUUCUUCAUGCCGUCGUUCGGGGGAUGGGGGUACGGCAUGGGAUACGGCAUGGGCGGCGCCGCCAUGAUCGUCCGCGUGCUCAUGAACGUCCUUCUGAUGUACGUGUUGUACAACUACCUCUUCGGCGGACGCCGCGGCGGGCGCGGGGAUCCGAACGCCGCGUGA